CUUCACUUGCAUUUGUAGUCAGAAAAAUAAAAUAAGCGAAGUAGAUAACCUUGUAAUUAUUGCAUCCUAUUCGAUAUACACGCAGGUCACAGCACUUGGGAGCCAUCACAAAAUGACGGUAAGUAUUUGUACAGAUCACAGAGAUGAAAUUUAGUUCGCUGAUCCUCUUCGAAUCUAUUAUCACUAUUUUUCGUUUCCCUCUUAUAUAUUUCAAUACAGAUCACAGAGAUGAGAGUAAAUAUCGACUGCGCAGGUUGCGAAAUGAAAGUGAAAAAUGCCCUCCAAAAGCUGGAAGGCGUGGACGAGGUGGAGAUAGAUAUGGUGAUGCAGAAGGUGACGGUGACGGGAUGGGCCGACCAGAAAAAGGUGCUGAAGAGGGUCCGGCGGACGGGAAGAAGGGCGGAGCUGUGGCAACUUCCUUACAACCAAGGCCGCUACAGUUCCACGUCCAGCCAUUACUACGACCAGCACCAGGUGAGUGGUCCGUUGACGUAUCACGCGGCUACCCAGCCUUCAUCCUCUUACAACUACUACAAGCACGGUUCCGACGAUAACCACCACCACGGAUAUUAUCGCCACCCGGCCAUCCAUUCAACCGUCGACUUUGAUGGCCGCCACUCCGCCGCCGGCACAUUCUUCAGCGACGAUAACCCUCAUGCAUGUUCCCUCAUGUGACAAUUCCUUCACUACAUAUUAUUAAUUAAUAUAUAUAAAGUCCUGUCAAAUCCUCAGAACGGUUCUCCAAGAGAAGUGUUAUUCUGUGGUCGCUUUAAGUUGUUUUCGUUUGAUUAGGCUUCACAGGUCAUUGACUCUUACAAUUACUCGAUCCAUUCCUCUCAUGUGACUCUAAAUCUAUUUCACCGAUGCCAGACUCAGGUCAGUGGAUCAUCCACAGUCAAAUUUACUGAGUAACAAAAGAGUCACUCCAAUAGUAAUAACUCGAGGUUUCCAAUUAAUUGACUAUGCAAAACCAGAAGUUAUUACUUGGAUUACAAGAAAUACUAAAAAUAAAAGAAUACUAUAAACAAGAUUGAAAAGG